CUUUUGAGUAUUUAAACUGUAAAAUUGAUCAUAGGAACGGAGUUCUAUGGUCGUGUGGAAUUGGCUUGGCCGUUGCAUGGAGGGAGUAAAAUAAAAUAAAAAAAGUUUGAGUUAGUAUUUUUGGAUUUAUAAAGCGAAGGGAUUUUCAUCGGAAAGCCUUUUGUAUUUAUAACCCAAAAAGGAUUUUUUAAGGCUGCAGCCAUGAACUCCCUGCUCUCCACCAUGCACUCCCUCCGGGAGUUGUUUGAUACAAAGAUGAAGGAGUUUGCUGAUGAAGUGGACAAGGUCCACAUGGUGUGGCUGGAUGAAAUACAAGAAGAGGCUGUCCGCAUGUUCUCCAGUGACUUCAGCGCAGAACCCGAACUCAUGCCAAAGACUCCAUCGCAAAAGAAGAGUAACCGUAGGAAGCGGGUUUCGGUGGGCCGUACAGACAACCGUGGCAAGAGACGUUUCUCCAGAGGCGCACGCAGUAACCUGCGUUCCUCCACUCACGUGGCGCAGACGCUUGAGCUGAUCGCAGAGAAUGUGACCGUCAUGGGAGCGGGCACCGCCCCAGACGUGGAAGCAGAGCAGCCCAAGCGCAACACCCGCCGUAACAGGCAGCGGCAGGUUUCCAUGGAAACGGAGGUGGUGGAUGACGCCUCCAGCAAGGGAAGCUCUCAGGAGUCGGGGAAGGAAGCCCCCAUGCAGCCUGGUGUGCAGCAUGCCGCUGAUCCCCAGGAGCCGGAGGCUGGGGCAGAGCUGGAGUCAGUCAGCUCCAUCCCACAGCCCCUACCGCCUGCCGCGUCUCCCCCUCAGCUAGUGGUCACCAUUUCCUCUGCUGAGCGGAAUUCUGCGGAUCUCCUGCUGGCACAGGAAGUGUCCGACAGCCAGGUGGCUUCCAAGAUGCCCCCCAGUGCGGCUCAGGAGAGCGGCUCCCACGCGGCGGCGUCACGCCGCUCCUCCACCCGCCGGGUCUCCGUACGCUGCUCCCUGAGCGGCCUGCGCCGCAGCAUGACCCAACAGGCCGUGCGCCGCGCGUCCCGCCGUUCAUUCCUCAAGAAGAAGGCACGCCUGAGUAGCUCCAGUGGGGAGGUGUUUUUGGACACCGAUGGAGAAGCAGCAGAUCAGAUGGAUGGUGUGCUGACUGAGGAACCAGUCGAGGCAGUGGUGGAGCCAGAAGUUAAGGUGGUGGUAGAAGAGGAAAAGGCUGGAGAAGAUAUCCGCCGUUUCACACGCUCCAUGGCCCAGACCAACACUCCGCUGGGCCCCCCAGCCCCACCCUCUGCCAUUCAGAAAGUCUGUACAUCUGGUUCAGAUGAUGACAGUGGAAAGAAGCUCCUAGCAACCAUCUCAAGUCUCAGCACCAAGCGCCUGGGCUCCAGCACAGAGGACCUUGCUACCCCAAGAAAGAAGCCCUCUCCCCCAAACAAGAGCCAGAGUGUCAUUAAGCCCAAUAUGAAGUCAUUCCUGCACACAGUACAGAAGAACCAGAUUCUGAUGUCAACCCCUGGGUCCAUGGGUAGAAAUGCUAUCAUGAAGUCUUUCAUCAAACACUCGACUCCCCUCAGAGUAGAUCUGAAGCCAGCCUCCGGUUUGGUCGAGCGAGAGCGAUUGCGUUUAGAAGCUCUGAAGAAGAAGCAGGAGCAGGAGUUGGAGAGGAAGAAAAAGUUGGAGGAAGAAAAGAAGCGGAAGCAGGAGGAGAUGAAAAGGAAGAGAGAUGAGCGCCUGAGAAAGGUGGUUGAGGCCCGAGUGAAAGAAGAGCAGAGAGAGGAAGAGAAGAAGAAGAAAAUAGAGCAGAAGAUGGCCCAAAUAGAUGAAAAGAAUGACAAGAUGAGGGUGGAGCGAAUUGCGGAGGAGAAGGCCAAGAAAAAGGUGGCCUCCAAGCGCCAAGAGGAGCUGGAGCUGAGGAAGAAGCUCCAAGAGGAGGAAGCUGCCAAGAAAAAGAUGCAGCAGGAGGAGGAGAAAAGGCAGCAGGAGCUCCAGGCCAAGCGGCGAGCUGAGGAGGAGCAGGAGCGAGCCCGCAAGCUCGCAGAGGCACGACGGGCUCAGGAGCUGCGGAGGGAGCAGGAGCGUCAGCGGGAGCUGGAGAGGGAGCGGGAACGAGAGAAGGAGCGACUGCGCCAGCAGCAGGCAGCUGCUGAAAGGGAAAGGAUAGAGCGGGAAAAAGCAGACGCCCUGCGGCGGGAGCUGGAGCUGGCUGCCCGCGAGAAGGAGCGCAAGGAGGCGGAGGAGAGGAGGCGGAAGGAGGCGCAGGAAAGACAGAAGGCUGAGGAGGAAAAGGCAGCAUUACAGAAGCAAGCUGCUGCCGCCAAGAGCAGGGAAGAGCUACAGCAAUCGCUGAUAAAAACACCAGUUGGCAAAAGCACCGUCCUCAAUGUGACUGUGGAGUAUUCCCCUCAGUCAUAUGAGAUCACCCCAAAGGGUGGAAAUAAGCCAGUUGUUAGCAGCAACCCUGAAGAUUAUGGGAUGGAUCAGAACAGCGAUGACUCUACUGAUGAUGAGUCAGCUCCUCGGAAACCCAUCCCAUCCUGGGCUGAGGGGCGGCAGCUACAGCAGGCCAUGAUGCAGCAGUACUUCAACCCCGUGGAUGUGGACUCCUACUUCGGAGAGAUCGAGGAUCCACAGCUAGAGCGGAUAUUUUACAAGAGCAAGCCCCGAUAUUUUAAACGUACCAGCUCUGCUGUCUGGCAUUCACCUCCUCGGGGUGGAGCGACAGCCUUUUAAACUCUUCUGUUUGCACUGUCUGGUCUUUUUGUUGUUGUUUCGUCCUACUUCAGCUCUUAUCUUGGUUUUCAGUUUUGUAACUCAAAAGUUUUUGUGUUUUAGAUGGGGGCAGAAUAUAGUUUUUCUUUCUGAAAUGUUAAAUUUUUCUCAUAAUAAAAUGUUAUGAAACAUGGAGUUAUCCUGUGCUCUUGGUAAAAUUUUCUACCUGUAUAAAUCAGGCUUCUUGCUUCCAAAUUCCAAGUUCAUUCUACCAUGACAGUUGUGUCAACAGGAAGUGGCCAGUCUGCCAGAAUCAGUACACUGAGGCCUGCCCCAUCCCCCCCCACUCACCAUUUGAGUUGGAACUUCAACUGGUUCCCUGACUUAAUGGAAAAGCACAUGUGUAAAUAUUUGCAUUAAGAUCACUUGCUGGGUGCCAGAUUAAUUUCUGAUCUACUGGUUUUAAGUACUUGCUUAGACAUUGACAAGCUAAUGUCUUCAAAUGUACAGCCAGGAACUCGACUGCUGAAUGUGGAGUACUGAGUUCGGGUGGUUUCUUUGUCUCUCUGUGUUAGUUUUAAAAAAAAAUAAAAAUUUGCACUGCUGUGA